CCAGCUCCCGACUGCUGCUGACCCCAGGAGUCCAACCUGGACUUUCUCACGGCUGCCCUGCAGUCUUGGGAGUGACGGACACGAAGCCUUUUGGAAAGGCUUUCAAGAGGAACAACUAGUGGACUGCUCUCAAGUUGAUAGGAGCUUCUUUGAAAAAAAAAAAACAGGGCCAGGAGGAUCUGUGAUAGGGAGCAACUGUUUUUCUGCAAGCUGCUGCAGAGAAGACUAGCAGACAUGUCCAUAGCACUAAAGCAAGUCUUCAAUAAAGAUAAAACGUUCCGCCCAAAACGCAAAUUUGAACCUGGGACCCAGAGAUUUGAACUUCACAAACGAGCACAGGCCUCUCUGAACUCAGGUGUGGACUUGAAAGCAGCUGUACAGUUGCCCAGUGGUGAAGAGCAAAAUGACUGGGUAGCUGUCCAUGUCGUUGACUUCUUCAAUAGAAUCAACCUUAUUUAUGGGACUAUCUGUGAGUUCUGCACAGAGAGGACCUGUCCAGUGAUGUCUGGAGGCCCUAAGUAUGAGUAUCGGUGGCAGGAUGACAUGAAAUACAAGAAGCCCACAGCAUUGCCAGCACCCCAGUAUAUGAAUCUGCUCAUGGACUGGAUCGAGAUGCAAAUCAACAACGAAGAUAUAUUUCCUACAAACGUUGGUGUUCCCUUUCCAAAGAACUUCCUUCAAAUCUGCAAGAAGAUACUCUGCCGGCUUUUUCGGGUGUUUGUUCACGUCUACAUCCAUCACUUCGACCGUAUCCUCCUUAUGGGGGCUGAGGCCCAUGUUAAUACCUGUUACAAGCAUUUUUAUUAUUUUGUGACAGAGCUCAACCUCAUAGACCGCAGAGAGCUAGAGCCUUUGAAAGAGAUGACAACCAGGUUGUGUCACUAAAAUCUACCCACUGAAGAAAAGUGAAAUCUAAUUUCCUUCUCACUGCAGAGUUAAAGAACAUGACAGCACUCAUGGACUGAGCCUGCUUGUUAAUCCAUGAAAGUGGGAAAGCUGGGAACCACAUUUACUUUUCACAAAUGAUUCCACUACUGUCAGUGUUCUUAAGCCUUAAUAUGCUGCUGGGAAUCUCAUCUGAGUGGCAUGGAUUAUUAAGAAAAAGAAGAACCAACUUCAUAUUAAUUCUAGCGCCUUCAUUAGGGAUAAGAGCCUCUUCAGCCACAAACAAUGACGGACUGUGUCUCUGCUGCUAAAGCUUUACUGUAAUUCAGGUCCCUGGGGCCCAGAUGAGUUGUAUUGAAAUGAAUCUGUAUUGUUAGCUGGAAUGUUGUUUUCUUUUUCUUUUGUUUCUUAUUAUGUGCUUGGUUUCCUAAGUGCAACAGAAUACUAAGCCUGCAGUCGCAGAAGACUUUAGCCUUUAAUGACACCAAGCCACUCAAGGCUUGGCCACUGUUCCCAAGUGACAGUGAGCCUUGUGUUUCCAAGAACACAGCAGUGCCCUCCAGCUGAUCAGGCAUUUUGUGCUUCAUUGUGACUUGCAGUAGGGUGACAAUGGGAUUCUGAUCUCAGUUCCAUAAGUGGGAAUCCAGAUGUAACUCUGCAGUGUUGAAGUCUUUUCUUUGAAUUCAUCUUGUGACUGACAGCAAAUCUGCUCAGGAUCUCUACACUGAAUUAAAAAACAGCUAUAGUCAGCAUUUUCCUGUAGUACCCUAUGAAGUACACUAACCUGUCAUGUACUUUGAUAUGCUCCUGUCCUGUUAGAAAAAGGAUCUCUCUUAUUCAUCUUUUGUUUCAUCUUUUCAGGGGAAAAGAAAUUUAAUUUUAGUAACUGAAAGGAAGACUCAGGAAAGAUGGGUGGAAAAAUGGUUAGAGCAGGAGGGACUAAGUGAAGGUCUCUGUUGCAUAUUAACAGUGCCCAGCAGUGUGGCUUGUUUUCCACACUAGACUAACACAAUUUUUUUUUCCAGCACUUAAUCCAACUUAACACACAUAUGGAAAGCCUGGGAGGAUGCAUUGCAGUAAAUUGAGUCUUCUAUACCAAAUAUACCCUCAUAAGGGGCCUUCUUUAACAACAACAAAAAUACUUUAAAAAAUAGUAUUAAAGCAAUACUUAAGAAAGAUCCCAAGAGAGACACAGCUGGAAAAUUGGUAUCAAAUAGAACACAUCCAUAUAAAUUCUGUGCCUUCUAAUCGAUUUUACACACUUCUGUUAUUGGGAAAGGUAAGUAAUUCCUGAGGAAGUGCUGAACCCUGUU